AUGUUGCGUAGUGGGGGACAAAAAGGUCUCUUUAGGUCGCACGGUUGUUGUAGACUGAUUUCGACGACGAAAGCUAAUCCCAUAACUGAUUCAAAGCCUAAGAGGAGAAGAGCUACUGUUUUCAAGGAUAGUUUAAAUAAAGGUCCCAGUUUUGAAGAGUUUUUAUCUGGACGGGCAGCAGAUUAUGCCUUGGAUCCACUAGAGAGGGCAAGACAAAACGCCGAAGAGGCCAAGAGAUUGCCCAAAUGGCUUAAAGUUCCAAUUCCCAAGGGCUCAAACUAUCAUAAGUUGAAGAAAGAUGUGGCAGAUCUUAAGUUAAGUACUGUGUGUGAAGAAGCAAGAUGUCCGAAUAUUGGAGAAUGUUGGGGUGGUGAUGACAAGUCUAAGGCUACUGCGACGAUCAUGUUACUGGGAGAUACUUGUACUCGUGGAUGUCGUUUCUGUUCGGUGAAGACCAACAGAACUCCAUCCAAGCCGGAUCCAAAGGAACCAGAAAAUACAGCAGAAGCUGUUUCUCGUUGGGGAUUGGGAUAUGUUGUCUUGACUACAGUGGACAGGGAUGAUCUUGUUGACGGUGGUUCCAAUCAUUUGGCUGAGACUGUGAGGAAAAUCAAACAAAAGGCACCAAAGAUCUUGGUGGAAACUCUUUCGGGAGAUUUCAGAGGAGAUCUCGGAAUGGUCGAUAUUAUGGCCAGAAGUGGGCUUGACGUUUACGCUCAUAAUAUGGAGACUGUAGAGGCACUUACCCCUCAUGUCAGAGACAGAAGAGCUACUUAUAGACAAUCCUUGAGUGUUUUAAAGAGAGCGAAGGAGACUGUACCAACGUUAAUUACCAAGACAUCGAUAAUGCUUGGUCUCGGAGAGUCUGAAGAACAAAUCGUACAAACUCUCAAGGAUUUACGUGAAAUUGGGUGUGAUGUGAUAACAUUCGGUCAAUAUAUGAGACCUACUAAGAGACAUAUGAAGGUUGUCGAGUACGUGACACCGGAGAAAUUCGAUUAUUGGAAACAAAAAGCUCUAGAACUAGGUUUCCUCUACUGUGCAUCAGGGCCGCUGGUCAGAUCUUCAUACAAAGCAGGUGAAGCUUUCAUAGAGAACGUUUUGAGGAACAGGGAAAGAAAAUAG